UCUUUUUGACAGUAGUUGUAUCAACUUGAAUCGGAACGUAGUGUAACCACCCACCACCAUAUUGAAAAAUAAAUUAGUUUAUCGAUGAUGAAUUGAUGAUGAGCAAGUGUUAUUAGUGUUUUAAAGUGAUAAAAGUUUAAUGUAUAUUAGAAAAAAUGGCUGGAAAUUUCGGAAUGCAGCAGCUAAUCCCUAUUGUAAACAAAUUGCAAGAUGCAUUUGUGCAAAUGGGCGUGCACAUGUCUUUAGAUCUCCCCCAAAUUGCAGUUGUGGGUGGUCAGUCUGCAGGAAAGAGUUCGGUGUUAGAAAACUUUGUAGGCAGGGAUUUUCUACCCCGAGGAUCCGGAAUAGUAACUCGUCGCCCAUUGAUUCUGCAGCUCAUACAUGGAAACACAGAAUAUGCGGAGUUCCUCCACUGCAAAGGCAAGAAAUUCGUUGAUUUCAAUGAAGUACGCGCCGAGAUUGAAUCCGAGACUGACCGCAUCACCGGCUCCAACAAGGGUAUCUCACCAGUCCCGAUUAAUCUGCGUGUAUAUUCCCCAAAUGUGCUCAACUUGACCCUGAUUGACUUGCCGGGUCUGACGAAGGUGCCCAUUGGCGACCAGCCCGCGGACAUCGAGCAGCAGAUCAAGGGCAUGAUCUUCCAGUUCAUCAGGCGCGAGUCAUGUCUCAUCCUCGCCGUCACGCCCGCCAACACCGAUUUGGCCAACAGCGAUGCUUUGAAACUCGCGAAGGAAGUCGAUCCACAAGGUCUGCGAACGAUCGGUGUGAUUACGAAGCUAGAUUUGAUGGACGAAGGCACGGAUGCUCGCGAUGUGCUCGAGAACAAGCUGUUGCCGCUGCGCCGCGGAUACAUCGGCGUCGUCAACCGAUCGCAGAAGGAUAUCGAUGGACGCAAGGAUAUCACCGCCGCUUUGGCUGCGGAAAGGAAAUUCUUCCUUAGCCACCCUUCAUACCGUCACUUGGCAGACCGUCUCGGCACCCCGUACCUCCAACGCGUUCUCAACCAACAGCUGACGAACCACAUCCGCGACACGCUGCCCGGCCUUCGCGAUAAGUUGCAGAAACAGUUGCUGACACUCGAGAAAGAUGUCGACCAGUACAAGCACUUUAGACCUGAUGACCCUUCUAUCAAGACUAAGGCUAUGUUGCAGAUGAUCCAGACUUUGCAAACGGACUUUGAGCGCACAAUCGAAGGUUCUGGCUCAGCACAGAUCAACACAAACGAACUGUCGGGUGGUGCGAAAAUCAACCGGUUGUUCCACGAACGAUUCCCAUUCGAAAUUGUCAAAAUGGAAUUCGACGAGAAGGAACUGCGUAGGGAGAUUGCAUUCGCUAUUAGGAAUAUUCACGGUAUUAGGGUGGGCUUGUUCACUCCGGACAUGGCGUUCGAGGCUAUUGUAAAGAAACAGAUUGCGCGAUUGAAGGAACCCAGUCUCAAGUGCGUUGAUCUUGUCGUAUCGGAGUUGUCCAACGUCGUUCGUAUCUGCACUGAAAGGAUGUCGCGAUACCCAAGGUUGCGUGAAGAGACGGAACGCAUUAUCAUGUCUUACGUUCGUUCUCGCGAACAAAUGUGCAAGGAUCAACUGGUACUGCUAAUCGAUUGCGAGCUUGCUUACAUGAAUACUAACCACGAGGACUUCAUCGGAUUUGCCAAUGCUCAAAAUCAGUCUGAGAACUCUACGAAAUCAGGACAUCGCGCGCUAGGAAACCAAGUCAUCAGGAAAGGAUACAUGUGUAUUCACAACUUGGGAAUCAUGAAAGGAGGUUCCAAGGAUUACUGGUUCGUGUUGACCGCGGAAAGCAUCUCGUGGUUCAAAGACGAGGAAGAACGAGAGAAGAAGUACAUGCUACCUCUGGACGGACUCAAGCUGCGGGAUCUCGAACAGGGCUUCAUGUCAAGGCGGCAUAUGUUCGCGCUCUUCAACCCUGAAGGCAGGAAUGUUUACAAGGAUUACAAACAACUAGAGUUGUCGUGUGAGACACAAGACGACGUGGAUUCUUGGAAGGCGUCGUUCCUACGUGCGGGAGUCUACCCGGAGAAGACGUCCGAAGCUGCCAAUGGAGAUGAGAGUUCAGACAGUUCGGGCACAAGUAGCAUGGACCCGCAACUGGAACGACAGGUGGAGACUAUCCGCAACCUCGUGGACUCGUACAUGCGCAUCGUGACUAAGACGACCCGCGACCUAGUGCCCAAGACCAUCAUGAUGAUGAUCAUCAAUAAUGCCAAAGAUUUCAUCAACGGGGAACUGCUUGCGCAUUUGUAUGCUUCCGGUGAUCAGUCACAAAUGAUGGAAGAAUCCCCCGAAGAGGCACUGAAGCGCGAGGAAAUGCUGCGCAUGUACCACGCGUGCAAGGAGGCUUUACGGAUAAUCGGCGACGUUUCCAUGGCAACGGUGAGCACGCCCGUGCCGCCGCCCGUGAAGAACGACUGGCUGGAGAGCCGCCUGGACUCCAACCCGCGCCUGUCGCCGCCCUCGCCCGGCGGCCCGCGCCGCGCCGCGCCCGCGCAACAAGGGUCGCUGGGCAGCCGCGGCGCCCCUCCCCCUCCCGGCGGCGCGGGGCGGCCGGCGCCCCCGCUGCCCUCGCGCCCCGGCGGCGGCGCCCCGCCACCCCCUGCAGGACGACCGGCUCCCGGACAACCCGGCUUGCCGGCGCCGCUUGUACCCACGCGGCGCUAAGCGGGCCGGCGCGAGCGCACUAACUCACUAACCUAAGUUACGUAUUGACGUAAGGCACUAACUACGAACUUGUUAACUUAUUACACAGAAACAACACUGUAAAGUGCGCGGGACAACUUAACAAUUGUUUGUAAUUAGACAAAUUUGCGAGACAAAGUCACCUCUAAUCAUAACCAUACAUUUCCUUUUCUAAGAACCAUACACCUAUGGCGAGUUUGUAGUAAGUUAACAAAUAUCGACAAAUUUAUAAAUAAAUUAUACAUAUGUUAUAUACAAUAUUAUUAUUAGACAUGUAAAUGAUCAAUACUUAUGAUACGUAUGAAAAAAAUGUUGCUUCCAUAAAAUUAUAAAAAUAAUAGUGGAAUUUAUUAUUACCUUUUGGUAGAAUACAAAGUAAAGAUAAUAUAAUCUGCAUAUGAAUCCUCUGCCGGCAGCCUAUCGUUAGACGAAACCUAUUUUAUAUACGUUGAACGUUUUAUUUAGAUGUAUUAUUAUUCCGUGAUGAACUUUCCGAAUGUUAUAUUUUUGAUGAAUCUGGUUGUGUACUCAUCGAACACUACGGGCUGCCCACAGACCGAUGCAUAUUCUACAUACACAAUAUGAUAUUAAAUAUGAUAAUUAAUGUCUGCAAGACUAGUUACUUUCAAUAUUUGUGUUACAAAGACGAGAAUCGGCUAAAAGGAGAGGCUAAAUAUUACUUACCAUGUACUUUUUUCUGGGUUUAAUUAACAAAUGGUUUCAUGUUUUAUUUCACUUUUCAAAUGUGUAUUAAUAACGAAGCACCGCAUGCAUGUGCACUAAUUUGUGUGAUCUUCAUGAUUUUAAUAACAUUUCAACCACUUAGAUUACACACAUUACAUUAGUCUGCAUACAAACAUUAUUUUGACUGUUAAGAACAAGCAGCUAAAUUGAAAGAAAAACAUGUCAAAGGUCCUUAGAAUUCUUAUAAUUUAAUCUUUAUGGAUUUACUCAUGACAAAGUGUUAAUUAGUGAUUUGUAGUUCAUUAGUAAUCUGUGUUAAUUAUUAUAUUCACAGUUACCCUGUAAGAGUUGGCAGAUUUUAUUUACAAUUAUUUAUGAUUUACAUACAAAGAAUUGCAUUAUUAUGGCGGUUACGUUACUCCGAAAUGUCUUACAGAGAAGCUGUGACAGCUUUAAAAAAAUAUUGACUUUGUACACACCUACUCUUCUCUUCUUCCCUAUUUUUAUGUAACUAUCUUUUGUGUGUAACGAAAUAGCUCGGGUAUGCUCACUUUUGUAACUAAAGGCAGCUCAAUGACAGCCGAUAUGUCUGCCUUCUCGUUUCAUAAUCAUAGAUCCCCAUUUGCUUGGUGUAUGUUGUCAUGUUUGAAAAGGAUGUUCGCAAUAAACCAAAUAGGAGGCCGGGAGGAGCGAUGGGAGCGAGCGCGGUGGCCGGCGCCUACAACCAGAUGCCGCCCCACAUGCGCCAACAGGUCAACCAGGCAGUCGGUCAGGCCGUCACCAACGCAGCCAUCAACGAACUCAGCUCAGCCUUCGCCAGAUUCAAGUAAACACGACUCUGUUGUCCGUAACGACUGUUGUAUGUACGCAACGCAUUUGUGGGAAACGCCCUCACUUCGAUCUCUUGCGCGCAUCUGUGAGUGAUGUCACUAUCUUGUCGCCUUUGAACCACGGAGGACAAAAUUACUAGCGGAGAUGUUAUAACGCAAAAUUUCCUAAGAAAGUAGUGCGCCAAAAUGCCUGUGUUCGGGGGUUGAGGUUGUGUGGGAUGUUCUUUGGGAAAAUCAAAUCAAAUCACGUGUCAAUGUCUCAAGGAACCCAAAGGGCUCGUUAGUUUAAUAGUAACUGAUCGAUUUGGUCAUACCUACUCGAUCUACAAGACGGUUACUGACCUACCUGCCUCAUGGCAUCUCCGCUCAUCUUUCCUGCCUCCGUGGUGACGUCACUACCUCGUCGCGUUUUGGACACGGUUUCAAAAGUGUUAGAUGCGCGCUAACACAUAUCAGUAUCGACGUUCCUAGUACACGUAUACAGCAGAACGGACAUAUCAAUGUUGUUACCCCCACUGCCCCACAUAAUAUGACUUACAUUUGGUAUAACACAAUUUUCCUAUCUCACACGUGAAAAAAGGUGUGUACCAAUUUUUUUUUAGUUCUUUACCUUUUUUUAGAGGUAGACAUAUUUAAAUUAAAUGUGACGAUUCGAAGUGACUGCGUUUGUUACAAGUGAUGUCUGUUAGUUAACCAAUUUUCUCCUUGAUGUAAACUAUUGUAUGUCUUCUACAUGUAAUAUUGUAUAAAAUUUAAAACAUCGCCUAAAAUGAAAUAAAUAAUUAAGUUGUUAUCUAUUAGGAGAUAUUUUCCUAAUAUUAAAGCGGUGUUUUAAAGUUUAUGAAAGUUCUGUUGCUUAUGAUGUUUUUACAAAAUAACUUUAUCCGAGCAUUUUCAGAGCACAUUGUUUAACCGCUUGAACGUUUAGUGUGAACUAAACCUGUCUGUACGUGGGUCUAUAUGCAGUGUUGUGUUACAUUGCUUUGCGUCCAACCACUGUAAAUGUAAUCCAAUGUGCCUGUGUAACAACGUACGCUGCACACGAUAUAAACUCUGCUUGUGAUACAUAACCAACGUUACCCUAGGGUUAUACGAUUUUAUAUAUUUAAUUAUUAUUUUGUGUUUCUUAUAAAUUCGGUCAAAUGUAAAUUGACGUCCAAAUCACUCCUAAAUAGUAAAGCUCAAUCAUCACAAUAUGAAAAUCACGGAGAUCACACAAUGUUAUGAACAUUGCAUUCGUAGUAAUAAAUUACCCACAACAGUGACAUCAAUUCUAUGUAUUGUUACCGAUAUUGUGGCAUAGGAUUUUUGUGUACAUUCCAAUGGAUUUAAUUUCGAUAAAAGUGAGAUAUGUUUGCGAGGAUUUUUUUAAUAACGUCUUUAACAAGCUAAUGACCACAUCAAAUACUUGCAAACUUAUCGACACUUUCAUAAACAAUGAUUUAUGUAAUGGAAUUUAGGUUAUAAUUUAUUAGGGUUGUUACCCAAUAUUAUAUUACUUACAACAAAGAAACUUAAUUAUGUAUAGCGUCAAAAUUAUAAAACGACUAAAUUGUUCAGUAUUAAUAGUGAACGAGCUAUCGGUUCACAGCGCUUCAUGAUUAUGAGAUGAGACAUACGUAUGCUAAACGCGAAUAUACCGCGAACUACGUAUUACUUAAAUUAUUAUAAUUACAAUGUAAUUACAUUUGUGUUACGAUUAAUUGUAAAUGUUACAUUCAGUGGCUUAAUAUAGGUGUAUAUUGGGAUUACGUAGUUGAGUUGUUUCGCGGAGGGCAUUACGGGCUCCCGCGCUGGGCCGGGAGUCCUCGAGCAUAUCAAAUUGUUUUGUAAUGUGCUAGAGUUGUUUGUACACUAUGUAAAGACGAGAUAAUAUUUGUUGAUGUUGCCGCACCAUUGUCGCGUAGAACUAGCUGCGUAGUAACAGUCGUUACAACUUGUACUCACGUCAGUGUCUAGGUGUUACAGUAGUUUAGAACUUUGACACGCUCGUCUAAUCUCUUUCCGUCUCCAGUAGCGACGAUGCGUAUUUAACGUUUAUGCAUUUACUCUAAAUUAUACCCAGCUUGAUUGUUGUUGUAUAUUUACAACUAUGUCAGUAUAAUCUGGUAUUUAGUCAACACUGGUAACACGUAACUUAUGAAAUCGUAACGAUAUUAUAUCGAUUAAAAUUUGUAUGUAAAAUUAACUGUACUUAUAAUGGAUAAGACCAAAGCAGUUGUCUCGUAUAUUGUUGCUGUUAGCAAUACCUUUGGUCAAUUAUUAGAACAUUUUAUUGAUGGUGAUACAAUAUGAAUUCGUUAUUAAAAAUAUUAAAUAAAGCUUAUCGAUAUUUUAAUCUUGGAAUCAUCUUGCAUCCAUUUUUCAUCGUUUACGAUUGCGAUAAUUGACACUGAACAUCGUGACAGCGGUGAUGUGCAUACUACGGUUCGGUAGUGUGAGGACGUGAACGGAGUCGCGGUGACAGUGUGAGCGUGCCACGGCCGAGUUCCUACACGAAGAAGUGUUUAACGCUGUAGCUAUACUCAUUGCUCUAUCGAUAUUAGCCGAAUAAUAUACAAAGUAAUCGAUCAUUAAACGUUUUGCUCUCUCUAUCUUGUUAAUAGCGUUAGUACCAUCGAAAAGGUAUAGGCAGUGAUUGUUGGAUUUGAUAUAGUUUAUGAAUAUUGUUAAUCUUAUGCUGUAUAAAUAGAGUAAUUAAAUGCUAUAUGUGUA